GAAUAACAUCGCCAUGAACAUAGAAAAUAAAAAACCGAAUAACAUCGCCAUGAACAAAGUGCUUAUAAUCGGAGCCGGCCCCUCGGGCCUCGUUCUUGCCCUCAGCCUAACCCAGCAAAACAUUCCUGUGCGUAUCGUCGAUCGCGCAGAAUCCAAACCCUCGACGUCGCGCGCGCUCGUAAUUCACGCGCGUACCCUCGAGUUUUACAGACAACUCGGCAUAGCCGAAGCCACCGUCGCAGCCGGCCACAAGAUCGAAACGUCCAAUAUCUGGAUCAGCGGGGCUCGCCGUGGAACCGUCCGGCUUGGUGACGCGGGGACCGGCUUGACGCCGUAUCCGUUUCUCCAUAUGUUUCCCCAGGACUUGCACGAGCGGUUGCUGGAAGAGACGCUCGCGGCGCGCGGCGUGCACGUCGAGCGACACAAAGAGCUAGUGGGGUUUGUCGAGAAGGACUCACACGUCGUCGCUCGACUUCGAGACACUAGCUCAUCAGACACAGGCUCUGAAGAAGAGUACAAAGCUGCGUUCAUCGUCGGCUGCGACGGCGGACACUCGGCCGUCCGCCACGCCUGCAACAUCCCCUUCGAAGGCGCAGCCUGCGAACGCCUCUUCUACGUCGCUGACAUCGAGGGCAGCGGGCCGGUAUUCAAUGGCCAGGCGCAUGUCCACUUCGACGGCACAGACUUCAUGCUCAUGUUCUCGCAUGUUGCGAACCGCGCGCGGCUAAAUGGCGCGGUCAAGCAUUCCUCUUUAAAGAACUCGUCACGCGACGGGAAGCCCGAUGUGGCCUACGAAGACGUGGUCCCGACGGAGAUGCUCACUAGAAUGGGAGUAACUAUCGACAAGACGCACUGGUUCAGCACGUACUAUGUGCAUCACCGCGUAGCAGGGUCCUUUCGGCACGGGCGGGCGUUCCUGGUCGGUGAUGCCGCGCAUGUGCAUUCCCCUGUUGGCGGACAGGGGAUGAAUACCGGUAUUGGAGAUGCGAUCAAUCUAGCGUGGAAGAUCGCUGCCGUGAUGCGGGGGACUGUGGAUGGACAUGAUGCGCAGGAGAGACUGCUGGACAGCUACUCGGCGGAGCGGCGCACGUUUGCGCAGACGCUUGUGCAGACUACCGACACGGCGUUCGAUGUCUUGGUCGACGAGGGCUGGACCGGGUGGUUUCUGCGCAGUUGGAUCGUGCCCUAUGUCGCUCCUAUUGUGAGCCAGUUCGCGUUUUUCAGGAUGAAGGCGUUCAGCCGCAUGUCGCAGGUCCUGGUCAACUAUCGCGAAAGUGGCCUUGCGGUUGGACUUGCUGGGAGUGUACAUGGGGGUGACCGUUUACCCUGGGUUGUGAUUGAUGGGGAAGAUAACCAUGGUAAGUUGAAGGAGAUUGUGUGGCAGGUCCAAGUGUAUGGGGAGGUAACAGAGGAUCUGAGGCAAUGGUGCGAGAAGAAGAAGAUCCCUCUGCAUGUGUUUGCGUGGAAUGAGGCGUAUGCGAAAGCUGGUCUGGCGCACGACGCUGCAUAUCUCAUUCGUCCGGAUACGUAUGUCGCUGUUGCAGAGGACAGCGGGCUUCCUGAGCGGUUCGAGAGGUACUUCGGGGAUGUUGGUGUUAUCAUUUAGGGCUGUUUGUUUCGACGGUACUUCUCCUCUCCUGUAUAUCAUUUCUAUACCCGGUCUUCCGCAAUGAAUACCAAUUUGUUUUAAAGAUGUGUGUGCACAGCG